AUGACGAUCGGUGCGAUUGCAGAAAAAAAGCUCUUCCACUUUGUCUUCCCUUUAGCGGGAACAUUGGAGGAAAACUACUGGCUGGCUGGCUGGCUGCAGAGUGAUGAACGAAAUGAAUAUAAAAUAUGGGUAUACUACCAGAACGUUCGUGGUUUAAGGACCAAAAUCGACGAGCUUUUCCUGGCAGUGUGUGACUGCAACUACGAUAUCAUCAUUCUUACUGAAACCGGGCUCGACGAUCGGAUCAAUUCCCAACAGUUAUUUGGAAAUGCAUUCAACGUUUUCCGCUGCGACCGCAGCUUAGCAAACAGUGUCAAAUCAAAGUUUGGCGGUGUUUUAGUUGCUGUUUCUCAAAAAUAUGCCAGCUCUGUUGUACAAACGGUGAAUGGUCGUUGCCUCGAACAAGUGUGUGUAUGUGCUACCGUGCGGGACCGAAAGAUAUUUCUGUGUGGUGUGUAUAUCCCUCCCGAUAAAAGCCAGCAAGUUGGUGUGAUCGAUGAGCACAUUUCUACUGUUUCGGAGCUGUGCAGCAAAAGUUCCGCAAGUGAUAUUGUUUUUGUGUGCGGUGAUUUCAACCAGCCACGGAUAACGUGGGGUCAUGGAUCAAACGUAACACAAUCUCCUUCUCUUCUACCCGUUGCCAGUACGACACUGAUAGAUGGUAUGGAUUAUUUGAAUUUAUAUCAAAGGAAUCGCCAUAAGAAUCAUCUCGGACGAACGCUCGAUCUGAUAUUUUGUUCGUUAGAGAGCCAAUUGGUAGUUGAUCGUUGUGUUGCCCCACUACUACCCGUAGACCUUCACCAUCCGCCUUUAGCUGUUUCAUUGCCCGUUGAUUGUGAAAGCGUUUCAUGUGAUACCCAGCUUAUUGUCGAAUCAAUGCCAUUGAACUACCGAAAAAUUGAUUUUACUGCCUUUCAAGCAUAUUUGCAGGAUGUUAAUUGGUCUGUUUUGUAUGAAAUCGAUAAUGUGAAUGAGAUGUCUUCGCUAUUCUGUGAUAUUUUGUUUCAAUGGCUCAGUUCUAAUCUUCCAUUAGCAAAACGACCCAUUGCUACUCCUUGGACUACAGCGUACCUACGUAAACUCAAGCGGGAUCGCAAUGCCUGGCAACGCAAACAUCGUCGUUUUCAUAAUGCUGAGACACAAAGAAUGUUCAAACACUCCAGUGAAAGUUAUCGUAAAUUGAACGCGCGGCUAUACAAAGAUUACGUCAUGCGAGUUCAAACUGACCUUCGACGGAAUCCCAAGAAGUUCUGGACAUUUGUCAACUCAAAGCGAAAAUGUUCAUCCAUUCCUCCAAAUGUUUGUCUCGACGGCGUGGAGUCUAACUCAACGGUGGAUUCGUGCGAGCUGUUCGCAACAUUUUUCGCUUCGGUAUUUGCUGGAAAUACUGCUUCCGACGCCGAAGCUGAUGUCGCUGCUAUGGACGUUCCUGAAAAUUUAGUGCGUAUGGAUACGUUUAUAAUUACUCCUGAAAUGAUUCUUGCCGCUGCGAAGAAACUGAAAAAAUCAUAUUCAGCCGGACCUGAUGGAAUACCCGCUGCAGUUUACACUAAUUGUACUGCUGCUUUAGCUGAGCCUCUGUGCAUUAUUUUCAACAAAUCCUUCGAGCAAGGCAUUUUUCCUGAGAUUUGGAAGCAAUCCUUCAUGUUCCCUGUAUUCAAGAGUGGUGACCGUCGUAAUUACCCCAUUCGUAGCAAAGUAGGCGGGCACCUUCUACAUUCUCUGUCUGUGUCUCAAAGCUUCGUCAUAACACUGCCACCCUCUUCGAGAGCAACUGAACUCAACCUGCUGACGCAUGUUUGUUUACUUGGCGGCACCGACGCCGGAUUGUGGUCACACGCUCGGGACAUUACGAGCUGCCUAUGA